AUGGCCGACGAUUUUGGGGGUCAUGACCCAUUAACUUCCUCAACUCUUCCUCACGACAAUCCCAAUCCAACCGUUAUUCAUCCAAAUCCUGAGAAGAUUACUCCUAGUAGACAGAGCACGAUGAGGUCUAAGGGUGGAUUUGAAGCACAUGCUAGUGGAGCGACCACUCCAAGUAGUUUCAAGAGGCAAAGCAGACAUGAUUUAAAUUUGGACGAUUAUUUUGUCGGACCAAGAAACCUCGAUGCUCAUUCCAAACUUCCAUAUUUUAUGCGCCUUCAUGGAUCCGUUAUUCCUCGAAUGAUAGUACCUCUUUUCUGGAUCGCAUUUAUUUCCGAUGGACGUAAAGCAUGGGCAUCUCUCUCGGUCCAAUCCCGCAACCUAGCUCGAUUCAUCUGGGUCAACAUCCAAGAACGUGAAGGUGACAUGGGAAAAGAAGAUCUUCUCGCAAAAGUAACGGAUCUCUCCGCUUUAACCCAUCAUCUCAAUACUUAUGCUCAAUCGGCCACUACUCCCGAAGUCCUCAUCGAGAAAAAGAGAACGCCGUGGAAGCGCACUGGUGAAUACCUCGGUCUCAGUUUCGCUGCUAGUAACCCCCGAAAAGCCAUCAAGAGAUCCAGCAAGCCAGUUGGAAAUCUUCCCAAUGAAGUUCUCACUUACCUAAACUCCUACGUCGAAGGAACCAUCCGCAACGGCACUCUCGAUUCUCCCGUCGUCUUGGGUCAAAUUCUCGGCUGUAUCAACGCUCUCACCGAUUGUUCUGCUGCCGCUGAACGUGUUCUCCAAACUCCUCUCCCCAUCGGCUAUAACAUUCUCAUUUCCCAAAUCGUCUACCUUUACGUCUAUCUUCUCCCCUUCCAACUUUAUGCUUCUCUCCAAUGGAUUACCAUCCCAGGAACCAUUGCCGCCGCAUACAUCAUCGUCGGUCUGAUGGCCAUUGGAAACGAACUCGAAAACCCCUUUGGAAACGAUGUCAAUGAUCUUCCCCUCGAUCACUAUUGCGCCGAGCUCGCCCGCGAUUUCGAUAUUCUCACAUCCGUCAAAGCACCUUCCUGGGAUGAAAUCAAUAAAGUUCUCUGGCCACUAAGCAACUCUGGUGUUAGAAUGUGGAGAAACAGAGAUGAGAAGGAAAUCCGUGAUGCGUUGGCUGCGAAGGUCGUUGUGGCGGAUAGGAAGAGUCGAGAUGCGUAUACGAGUGCGGGAGAGGGAAGAGCGAGUACGGCGAGAGCCAGGAGUGGGAAGAGUGAUUUGAGUGCCGAUAGUGCGGAUAGUGCUGCUUAG